AUGCCCAAAAAUGACUCAACCGUUCCCAAGAGCCCAGCUGGUAAAUCAUCCACUAGCUCCAACAUCCUGAACUGCAUCGCUACAGCUCACCAACGGGUUCUCGAAUUUGGUAAGCUCCAUAUCGACGCGGACCAAUGGUCCACUAAAGCUGGAGAGAUCAGACAAUUUCUUACCGAGGGGAGAAACUCAGCAUUCCAGUAUGCAAAGGAUCAUCCGGUCCAAAGCGUUGCUGCUGUAGGAGCUGUUGCGGUGAUCGUUAGCCCGCCUUUGGUGGCAAUUCCGUGCUUGAACAUGGUCGGGAUCACCAGCAGUGGAAUUCAAGCUGGAAGUAUGGCAGCGGGUGCUCAUGCCGGCAUAGGAAAUCUCGUGGCUGGAUCCAUGAUUCCGAUCUGUCAAAGCGCAGCAAUGGGGGGAGCAGGAAUGGCGAUUGUCAAUACUGCAAUUCAAGGUAGCGUGAUCGCAGCAUCUGGAACUACAUACAUGGUCGGAAAGCUUGUGAAUAGAAGACGCAGUGCCGGCGCUAAGCUCUGA